CACCCGACAAGCCUGGCCGGAGCACGAGUCCUUGACGAGACGGCCGCGCAACCGCCGCCCCUUCCUCGCGCGGCGCGCGCCAAAACUAGCCACCAGCCGGGGCCCGAACCGCAACCCUACCCCGCUCGGCUGCUCCAUCUCCCGGCCCGCACUUGCCGCGGCGGCGGUCUCUGGUCGCUCGCGAGGCCCCGAUGGCGCGUGAGGAGAGGGAGGUCCAGGUCCGGGCCCUCGACGGGCGGUCCACGGCCGUCAUGAUCACCGCCGACGCCUCCGUCCGGGACCUCAAAGCCGCGCUCAGGAGCUCGUUCCCUCCCGCGCAGGUCUCCCCCAGCUUCCACCUCUUCCUCAAGGGUGCUAAAUUGCGCUUACACGUCGAGAUUGGCAGCCUUGUCAUCGGUGAUGGAGAAUUCAUUGUUCUCGUUCCCUUUACAAGGACGCCACAGCAAUGUUCUUCAGUCCGCGUGCCAGGUCAAGAGCAGGGCGUCAAUCCAUCAAAGGCACCAGAAGUGUCAGCUGCGGCUAAUUCAGCAUGGCAAGACAUUAUGGAUGACCUGUCAUCUAUCCCAACCAGCCCACAAUUUGAUGCUGCAUCAAAAGAUUUUUACUCCUCAAGCAUCCCGUGCUCUGGGAGGCUUGUAGAGGAUAUGCCAACAUGCCAAGGCUCCUCAACUGGAUCUUCAAGGAAAAGGAGAAAAAAUUGCAAGGAAAAUGGAAAUGGCUCCCCAGAAACGCUUUCGUAUGGAGCGAAUGGUACAUCUGAGCAGUACAAUACAAGUAAGAAAAGCGGGGUGGUCAAAUCUGCUGCGUUGUCGUGUCAUGAUAUGCAACCGUUAGAACCUGCUGGAAUGGUUGAACAUCUGAAACAAGGACUUGGAAAGGAGGGACAGAUGGUACAUACUGAAGAGGUACCAUCUAGAGAGGCAUCAUAUGUGGAACUUCCUUGUCAUCUUUCAGAAGCUAUGAGAGAAGCACUAAAGAGUAUUGGAAUAUCUGGAUUGUAUAGCCACCAGUCUCAAGCCAUAGAAUCCUCCAUUUCUGGGAAGCAUGUUGUGAUUGCAACUUCAACAUCAAGUGGAAAGUCUUUGUGUUACAACAUUCCUGUUCUUGAAUCUCUCUCUCAAGACCUGAUGGCAUGUGCUCUGUAUAUAUUUCCAACAAAGGCUUUAGCUCAAGAUCAGUUGAGGACUUUACUAGAGAUGAAGAAUGCAUUUCAUAUUAAUAUUGAUGUGAAAAUAUAUGAUGGUGAUACUCCUAGAGAAGAUCGUUUGUGGAUUAGGGAUAAUGCCCGACUGUUAAUUACCAACCCAGAUAUGUUGCAUGUGUCAAUCUUGCCAUGUCAUGGUCAAUUCCAGAGGAUUCUGUCAAAUAUCAGGUAUAUUGUCAUUGAUGAAGCACAUUCAUACAAAGGGGCAUUUGGCUGCCAUACUUCACUUAUAAUUAGAAGAUUGAAGCGUAUUUGUUCAAAUGUUUAUGGUAGUCAUCCCACAUUCGUAUUUUGUACAGCUACCUCAGCAAACCCACGCGAGCAUGUUAUGGAACUGGCCAAUUUGAAUGAGGUGGAGUUGAUUCAGAAUGAUGGAAGUCCUUGUGGUUCCAAGUACUUUCUCUUGUGGAACCCCCCACUACAUAUGACAAAGGAAGGAAGUUCAAAAGGUAGUUCAGUAACUAGACGCUCAAGCCCAAUAGUAGAGGUUUCAUAUCUAUUUUCUGAGAUGGUUCAACAUGGGCUCCGCUGCAUUGCAUUCUGUAAAACUAGGAAGCUAUGCGAGCUUGUCCUAUCUUACACGCGUGAAAUUCUUCGGGAAACUGCAAAAGAAUUGGUAGAUUCAAUCUGUGUAUAUCGUGCUGGCUACAUUGCAGAGGACAGAAGAAAAAUUGAGGCUGGUCUUUUUGGGGGGAAACUUCGUGGCGUUGCUGCUACUAAUGCUCUUGAACUAGGGAUCGAUGUUGGGCAUAUUGAUGCAACAUUACAUCUUGGAUUUCCUGGGAGUAUUGCCAGCUUGUGGCAGCAAGCUGGAAGGUCUGGAAGAAGAGCUAAACAAUCAUUAGCCAUUUAUGUUGCCUUUGAGGGUCCUUUAGAUCAGUAUUUCAUGAAGUUCCCACAUAAACUAUUUGGCAAGCCAAUUGAGCGUUGCCAAGUUGAUUCACAUAAUCUAAAGGUUUUAGGACAGCACCUUGCUUGCGCUGCUUAUGAACACCCCUUAUGUCUGCAAUAUGAUGAACAUUACUUUGGGUAUAGUCUGGAUAGUGUAAUGACGACCCUAAAAGACAAAGGUUAUAUCAUUAACAACCCAUCUGGACCUUUCUCUUCAAGCAUGUGGAACUAUAUUGGACCUGAGAAAAGUCCUUCACAGACAGUGAGCAUACGAGCGAUUGAGCAUGACAAGUACAAAGUGAUUGACAAGUUAAAUAACCGAUUACUUGAGGAAAUUGAGGAAAGUAAGGCCUUUUUUCAGGUGUAUGAAGGUGCUGUUUACAUGCAUCAGGGUGUCAAUUACUUAGUUGAGGAACUUGACUUGUCAUCGAGGACAGCUUUCUGUAGGAAAGCUGAUUUAAAGUAUUACACGAAAACACGAGACUACACUGACAUCAAUGUCCUUGGAGGAGAAUUUGCUUAUCUUCCAACAAGUACAUGUAGAAAUAACCAUGUGAAGACAACUGCUCAAGCAAAUGAUUGCAAGGUGACUACCAAAUGGUUUGGUUUUUAUCGCAUAUGGAAAUCAAGCAAUAAAAUAUCAGAUAGCCUCGAGCUCAACCUGCCCCCAUAUUCCUUUGAUUCCCAGGCUGUUUGGAUACGAAUUCCCCACUUGGUAAAGAUAACUGUGGAGGAAAGAAAACUACAGUUUCGAGGUGGCUCACAUGCUGCUUCUCAUGCACUCCUAAAUAUAGUGCCUCUGCAUAUGAUGUGUAGUGCUUCUGACCUAGGAACAGAAUGCGCGAAUCCUCAUGAAACCCGUGGCGUUCCGGAUAGAAUUCUGUUAUAUGAUAGACACCCUGGUGGUAUUGGCAUUGCAUCACAGGCUCAGAUGCUCUUUGGGGAACUUCUACUAGCUGCCUUAGAACUUGUUUCCACAUGCAACUGCACGAGUGCUGCUGGCUGCCCAAAUUGUAUCCAAUCAUUGACAUGCAGUGAAUAUAAUGAAGUUUUGGAGAAGGAGGCAGCAAUUUUGAUUCUAAAGGGAGUAAUCGACCAUGAAAGAUCAUAUUUUGAAGCGGAAGAUGCUUCUCAUCGAAGAGGUGGAAGCUAAUCGACGGUUCUGAUGAAGUUGCUAGAAAAGAUAGAACUAUUGUUUGGUUAUCAUGUAGAGGUGCAAUUUGUAACCACGGUUCUAAUCUCAUUGUGUGAAAGUUGAUUAGCAUUCUACAACAAGCAGUUCCAUGCAUCUAAUCUCAAAAGGAAAAAAAAGUUGCAUGUU